GGCGUCGGGGCGCCGCCUCCAGUUGAUUGGCCGGGCUUGGAGGACCGCCAGGGCCGCGGAGGGGAGGAGGAGGCCGAACCGCGACGCCUGGCAGGGCUGGGCCGAGCCGAGCGCCAGAGCCACCGGUGCCUGGACCCCGGUCCGAAUCCCAACCGCGGUGCCGCCGCCAUGCGCUGGGUCCGCGCGCUGCUGAAGAAUGCGUCCCUGGCAGGGGCACCCAAGUACAUCGAGCACUUCAGCAAGUUCUCUCCGUCCCCGUUGUCCAUGAAGCAGUUUCUGGACUUCGGGUCCAGCAAUGCCUGUGAGAAAACCUCAUUCACCUUCCUCAGGCAGGAGCUGCCUGUGCGCCUGGCCAACAUCAUGAAAGAAAUCAACCUGCUUCCUGACAGGGUGCUGAGCACACCCUCGGUGCAGCUGGUACAGAGUUGGUAUGUCCAGAGUCUCCUGGACAUCAUGGAGUUUCUGGACAAGGACCCUGAGGACCGUCAUACCCUGAGCCAGUUCACUGAGGCCCUGGUCACCAUCCGGAACCGCCAUAAUGAUGUGGUGCCCACCAUGGCACAGGGCGUGCUGGAGUACAAAGAUGCUUAUGGCGAUGACCCCGUGUCCAACCAGAACAUCCAGUACUUCCUGGACCGAUUCUAUCUCAGCCGCAUCUCUAUCCGCAUGCUCAUCAACCAGCACACCCUGAUCUUUGAUGGUAGCACCAACCCAGCCCACCCCAAACACAUCGGCAGCAUUGACCCCAACUGCAGCGUCUCUGAGGUGGUGAAAGAUGCCUAUGACAUGGCCAAGCUCCUGUGUGACAAGUAUUACAUGGCCUCACCUGACCUGGAGAUCCAGGAGAUCAGUGCAUCCAAAUCUAAACAGCCAAUUCACAUGGUUUAUGUCCCCUCCCACCUCUACCACAUACUUUUUGAACUCUUCAAGAAUGCCAUGCGAGCAACCGUGGAAAGCCAUGAAUCCAGCCUCAUUCUCCCACCUAUCAAGAUCAUGGUGGCCUUGGGCAAGGAAGAUCUGUCCAUCAAAAUGAGUGACCAAGGUGGGGGUGUCCCCUUGAGGAAGAUUGAGCGACUCUUCAGCUACUUGUACUCCACAGCACCCACCCCCCAGCUCGGCACUGGGGGGACUCCACUGGCCGGCUUCGGGUACGGUCUCCCCAUUUCCCGUCUCUAUGCCAAGUACUUCCAGGGGGACCUGCAGCUCUUCUCCAUGGAAGGCUUUGGGACCGACGCUGUCAUUUAUCUCAAGGCCUUGUCCACGGACUCGGUGGAGCGCCUGCCCGUCUACAACAAGUCAGCCUGGCGCCACUACCAGACCAUCCAGGAGGCCGGCGACUGGUGCGUGCCCAGUACGGAGCCCAAGAACACGUCCACGUACCGUGUCAGCUAGGGGCCACCCAAGAGGACGGACUGCUGUCUCUGGGGCCGGCCACCACGGUGACCCUCCUCAUCACCGCCCCCAGGUGGGAAGAGGCUCUCCCUGAUGACCAGCUUGUGUCUGUGGAAACCACUGCGGUGACUAGUCUGUGGUGGCCCCUAAGUGCCAAUCUCUGUCUCCACGGCGACCCUUAAGUGGUCUCCCCAGUGUCCAAUCUCUGUGGGCGAUCUCUGAGGAUUGGGGGAUGUCUCUACCGUGCUGAAGUGCCCCAAAGAUACAUUUCCGUGGCAGUCCUCUCUGAGACCAGAGCUGCCACUUUUCUGCCAGGGGUCCUGGGUCCCCCUCACUGCCCUCCACAGCCUGGCCUUCCAAGUGGACACUCUUGCUUGCCUUAUUCCCUUAGCCCACACAGGCACCCCAGCCCUGGUCUUGUGUCAGUGUUAGAAUGUGACCAGGUGUCCCCCAGGUCUGGGUGGUGGGUAGUGAAAGAGGUUGCAAUUUGGAUCCCUGGUCUGGGACCUGGUCUUGCAGCCCCUCCCUCCACUCUGAGCUUCAGGUCAAGGUUGGGAGGGAAGGAGUUCUUACCCGGAGCUCACCCCUAAAGCUCACCCUUAAAGCAGAGUUACCAGGGCGGACCCUGAGGUCAGCACCCAGCUAGGCUGCUCGAAGCCCUGCAGGUGGCCCCAGCAGUGUUUCGGCCACCUCCCAAGCCCUUCCCCGCAUGUCCUAAUGUGCAUACACCCACCCACCUGCCUUACACCCACACCGCCUGCCUGAGCUCCAGACCCCAGUUCCCAUUGUGCACGGACACACGCGUGCUCGGGGUGGCUUUCUCCCUAGAAUGUUCUGUGUAUAUAGCUAGUUUUAUAGCCCUGAACGCCCCCACCCUUCCCCUUAGCACACAGGGGGUUAAAGUUGUGUGCUCCUCCCAGUGGCUGUGAUGGUGACAGUGACAUCUACAGUAAAGAGGAGAUCCA